AUGGAUUUUGUGCUAGAACUAGGCCGCAGAGCCAAAGAGAUGAGUGAAGGAGAGCAGGAAAAAAUGAGCGAUUUAGGAAAGGCCCUUAAGAAUGCGGCUAAAGUGGACUACGACGUGAAAAAUCAAAGCAGUGAAGAUGCUUCCCAGGCAACUUCAGGAACAUCAAAGGACAUGAUGAAGGCCGAGAAGGCAGAUGAGUACUUGAAGCAGAAAGUUGAGGGAAUCAAAGGACAGUAA